CUCUCUCUAUUUUUUUAUCCUUCCGCAGCUGCCCUUCUCUCUUUCUUAGUUCAAAGCACGCGAGAAGGGGAGCGACUUCGGAGUUGGUGCUAAUGCCCUCCAGCUAGGGUUUUGCUGACAAUUUGUGAUCCUUGGAUUGAGUCUGUUUUUGCGGAGGGAGAGAAGGAUUGGCUAUGAAUCUUUAUUAAGGCUGUCGAGAGUCGCUCCGUGUUGAUAGAGAGAGCUUGGGACUGAUCCACUAUGCAAACGGAAGCUAGAGUUGGAGUGGUGGUGGAAGGAGGGCAGAGAGCUCUCAAUUCGGGUCAUGGAGGGGUCGCCGUCGAUGGGACUGCACGCAAAUUGGCGCAGCAGCAGAAGUCAUUGCAUCAGCAGUCGCAGAUAGGGACAAUACCGCAGCUUCUUGCUGGAGGAAUCGCCGGUGCUCUUAGCAAGACCUGUACGGCGCCGCUUGCUCGCCUCACUAUACUAUUUCAGGUGCAAGGUAUGCACUCUGAUGUUGCAACAUUGACGAAGGCUAGCAUAUGGCAGGAGGCUUCACGAAUUAUUGGUGAAGAAGGAUUUAGAGCCUUCUGGAAAGGGAAUCUGGUUACUAUUGCUCACCGCCUGCCUUAUUCUUCUGUCAGCUUUUAUGCAUAUGAGCGUUACAAGAAUAUAUUGCAUUUGGUCCCCGGGCUAGAAAGUCAUAAAAGAAAUACUAGUGCUGACCUUGGUGUACAUUUUGUAGCUGGAGGUUUGGCAGGACUAACUGCUGCAUCUGCUACAUAUCCAUUGGAUCUUGUAAGGACACGCCUUGCAGCACAGACAAAAGUGAUCUAUUACAGAGGUAUUGGUCAUACUCUACAAACCAUUGUCAGAGAAGAAGGUAUCUGGGGGCUUUAUAAAGGACUUGGAGCAACAUUGUUGGGAGUUGGGCCCAGUAUAGCCAUCAACUUUUCAGUUUAUGAGACCUUGAGAUCUUCUUGGCAUUCUCAAAGGCCCAAUGAUUCAACUGUCCUGGUCAGUCUUACUUGUGGUAGUCUUUCGGGCAUUGCAUCAUCAACAGGGUGGCACUACACUCAGGUGAACCAACAUUGCUCUCUCGGUUAUCAAAAGUGAGAGGUGUCCUCUUUGAGGUAUGCUUCUCACUUAGGCUUCCUUUGCCAACUGCUUACUGAUGGGUACCAGAAUCCUUCAAGUGACGUAGGUACAUUUAUGAUGUGUUUAGUCAAAUAUUCUCUCUUCUCAUUUAUCGGCAACUGAGAUCAGUAAGAAAAGGUUCAAAUAGUGAAGCAAAUCCACAGAUGAAGGUUAAAGUGUAUCCUCACAACCAGGUUUUGUUCCUAGGUGAGUAAAUAGCACAAAUGUCAAACCAAAAGUGGGGAAAUAAAUGAUGCCACACAUUUGUAGACCUUAAAAGUACUUUGGAAUCUUGUGGCCCUAUCCAUGAAUUGUAUCAAAAUAGUUCCUGCAUAUAUGCUCAUCGCAACCCCACCUCACCACCACCCCCAGUAGAAAAAAAAAUGGGAAGAGAAAGCAAGGAAAAAAUUGUAUCAGAACAACCCCCCUCCAGUUCUGUCACAGUUGACCUAGGGUAGCUGAAGCAUUAUGUUUGGUUUUUUUUUGUUUAAGACCAAAACAUCCACUUGUUCAACCAGAAGUGUCCUGUCUUAUUUUGAUAUUUUUAUUUUUUGAGACGGCAAGUGUCUCUUAUAUGACACUGUUAUUGUUGGAUUUCCAAAUAAAACAUGCUUUUAUGCUCAUACAUGACUUUUCUGCUGACUCAUAUCUAACGUUGAUGUUUCAUUCCUCUAUGCUUAUAUUGUGACCUCAAUGAGUUGCCAUAUUAUCCUUGACCUCAAUCUCAAGACUAGGGUAUCAUAACUUAGGCACUUAUUUGACAUUCAUUUGCAGAUGUGUCUGAACUAGUCAUAAACAUUAUUAUAUUUAAGACUGAUUUUUUAAGCUGCAAGCCUGCAGACAUAUAGGUAGCAGCCUGACUGUCAGCUGCUUGCUCUCUGACAUUGCUAUAUGUUACAGCAUAUGCUGCAAGCCUAUCCCAUCUUUAUUUCUGUAUAUAUUAAGUGCAGCAUGAUUUUUGUAUUUUGUUACUAGAGUAUUCAGAAGAAUUAGUUGUGCAAAUUUCUUUUUUCUUUAUCAGAGGUUGGGCAUCCACCCAACAUGCAUAUAUCUUACUGGAAGUUACUAAUCAGUUAAAGUUAUCUUGGUGAACCAAAUCUGCAAAUGUCUCACUGGUAGCUCAUCCAAGAGAAUGUGGUUAAUGAAAGUUAUCUGUGAUGAUAGUAUUAGCACAUUUUCUAUUAUCACAACAUUUCAUGGUAACUUCUGUCCCUUAAAAUCAUUGGAAUUAGCUCUCAGUAUAUUUGUCAUGACACUGAGGAUGGAUGCUGCAGGCAUGAUUGUGAUGGUAGUGAUAAGGUUAUGGUAAAUAAUGUGCUCUGAUUAUUGGCAAUUUGUCUUUGUUUAAGUGACUUAUUCAAUAUUGAGUUUCCAGUAAGGUAAUAAAUCUGUUAAUAUGAGUUUUGCUAUCUUAUUGUAUCAUUAUAACAUUCAAAUUUCCUUUCGGAAAAAACAUUUAGUUUAAGCAAAAACGAUGUCCAGCUCUUUUCAGUUAUUCUCUUCUGUAAUAUGCAGCAACAUUCCCUCUGGAUCUUGUGAGGCGUCGGAUGCAGUUGGAAGGGGCAGGAGGUCGAGCCCGUGUCUAUACAACCGGCCUUUUUGGUACAUUCAGGCACAUAAUUCGGACUGAAGGCUUACGUGGUUUAUACAGAGGCAUUCUACCUGAAUACUACAAGGUGGUGCCAGGAGUGGGUAUUUGUUUUAUGACCUAUGAGACACUCAAAAAUGCUUUCAUCAGUUAUCGAUGCCCUUGACUGCUGCCAUAAUCUAUACCCGUCUGCAUCCCAAAGGAUGGAUUUGGUCAAAGUAAUUAAGCAUGAUAAGAGCUCUCAAUACAUGGCAUUUUCUUGGGUUUUCUAAUUGGGGGAAAAUUUUGUGAUGCUCCUGUGAGAACCAUAUUUUUCCAUGUAUAGAUAAGAAACACUAAUUAAAUCACAUCUCAAAUGCAGCCAACGAGGCUAUUCUCACACGAUAUAUUGGUUUCCAUUGUUAAUUGAAGAAUAUUUAUUUAUUUA